ACUAACAAUUAUCCUGAUAUUUUGAGUAAACCCAAGAGGCCCCCCCAAAAGUGAACUUUGAACCAUAUGCUCCUCCAACCAUGAAGGACAGGCUCCAAUCAUCGACAAGCUUCGAGUUUAUAAAGUUUGGUCUCGAAGAGCCUCCUGACCAGCCGGACCAGAGCCUGUCCGUACAGAGAGAUGCUUUCUGGAGCUACUGCGGCCCUUUGCUCUCCACACUAGAUGACCUCCCAUCUAGCUUCCACGACUGGGCCCACGCUGCUCUGUCCGGCUCCUUACUUCCGCUCCUACUCCCCUUCCUAACCUUCGUCAACGAGUUCAUCCGAACAAAUGGCCUUGAUCACUACUGGCUCACCAUCCGCGCGACGAAAGCGACCACGGAAUACAACAAGCCUAGAUGGCACACGGACGACAUGUUCUUUAAUAGGAGUAGUGGUGACGGUGGCGGUAUUUGGGCCCGGAGAAGAUCGCUAGUGGUGGGUGGUAGAGAAAAGACAGAGUUGGACCUACAGACAGACUGGAAGUUAUGCGCUACACUACUCGGCCCCGCAACCAUGUUCAUUCCCGCCGAGCACCAGGCAGCAGCUCGCGCAACGUGUCGCUCGACGAAGCGUGAUCUAGCUACGGAUCACAUGUGCACCUCAGUCCGUUGUGUUGGGUGUGGGGCGACGGCCGAAGCUGUCCGGGAUAAGCUCACGACCGAGUUCGCCCCCCUAGGCCUGGUUCAAGCGGAACCGGGCGAGUGCAGCAUAUUCCGCAUCGGCCAGGAACGCGGUGCCGUGCACUCGGAGCCCUGUAUGAGUAGAGGAGAUCGGAUAUUCAUCAACGUCGUGCCGGGUAAGAGAGACGAGCUGUCUUCUCUGCUGGCCAAAUGGGGGAUGCCUUUUCCAAGGUCGUGGUUUAUCGCCCCAGGCGUCUUACGUGGUCAUGGAUUAACGUGAUUGGUGAGGUACACGCCAGGAGGUCAAGGGGGGCUUAACACUGUAGUAAUUGAGCAUGAGCAUUGUUACGGGCUCUAUCAGGAGGGUUUGAAAU